AUGGACUUUAGUUCCUUUAAUCUUGAAGAUACAAGUGAUAUCUUUAAACAAAACUACCAAAUUCAAAACCACUAUGACAGCAACAAUAACAACAAUAACAACAAUAACAAUUUGAAUAAUAAUUCAACUGGUUUCUUUAACUUUAUAGGCAACACUACACACUAUGAAAACAAUAGUACACAAGCAUAUACAAUGCCUCAACUAAGUCCUGAUGGGCAUGAAGAAAGCUAUACAAACAGUAGUGUUUUAUCAGGACAUAAUCCUGAAUUUAACAUGUCACCACUACAAAUUGCUUCUCAACCGCCUACUUCUAACAGUAUGAUCCACACCUAUCAAACGCCUAUUCAACACGCUACAGAAGAUUAUAUAGAUGAAGAAGAAUUCUUUACACCCUUAGUAUCCCCUGCUAUGGCACCUACCUCGCAUGAUUCUGCUUAUCAAUCCCUGAUGAACCUAAAUGAGAACACAUUUUCACCUCUUUCUUCUCCUGCAUUACAUCCAUCAUCUAACCUAUCUUCCAUGUCGGAUCAAACAACACUUGAACAAAAACUAGCAUUUAUUGAAAGACAGCAACAACAACUCCGUAACAUGCACAACCAAUUACGGCCUACAACCAAAGCAUCCCCCAUCUUGAAUACUAAAAAGCAUUACAACACAAGAUGGCAAGUCCACAAAUACAGCCUGUUCAAAGUCCAAGGCCAUUUGUGUCCAUUGGCAUUGACACCUCAUACAUCCUUUGUCAAUCAAUCCCCUCUAAAAUCAAAUACAAACAAUGGAUUUAUUGCGCCUGCAACACCUUCCUUAUUAAUGAAACUAGGUGGUAGCAGUGGCAAUUCGUCAAGUGUGCCUACAUCGACAGUAUCUUCUGUUGUGGAUAAUAUGCCUGUUCUUCCUGCUGCUAUCUUACCUCCUGAAGAAAAAAAGAAACCAGACAAGAAACGUCGCCGGGUCUCCAAUUUCUCUUCGCCUGGAUUAUCGCCUAGUACAGACAUGACUUCACCUGCUAUACGUCCAUUGGUUCAACAGUCACCAAGAGCAUUGAAGCCUUUGAUUUCACCUUCCCUUAAGCCAGAUGGGAAACGUCUUUCUAUCAUUGAAGAAGAAACAGCACGCGCACUCUUGACCAGUAAAUCCAAUUAUGAAAACCUGAAAGAAGGAAAAGCCAAAAGCCUAGGCAUUGAUUUCUCGACUACAAUUCAAUCUGGUAUUGAAAACCGUCGAUCAGCACAUAAAGCAGCAGAACAAAAACGAAGAGACACACUUAAACAAAGCUUUGAUUCAUUACGUGCUGAAAUCCUGGAGGCCAUGGUGGAAGAAGAAAUGACAGACACAACCAAUGUGGCCGAGCUCAAGAGUGCUAAAGAAAAGGACGUGAAACAGAUGAGUAAAGUGGUCUUGUUACAAUAUUCAUAUGAAUAUAUCCUAAGACUCAAGAAUGAAAAUAAGCGCAAAGACGAAAAGCAACACAAGAUGCGACAAGAGUUAAUCGAGCUAAGAAAGCGACUAGGACUACCCGAAGUGACAGCAGAAGAAAAAGAUGCAGAAGAAAAAGAAAGACAAGAAGAAAGCGAUAGAAAAGAAGCCAGAAUGAAAAGACUAAAAAAUGCUGCUGAUGCUGCUGCCAAUUCGGAUGAAGUUUAG